AUGCACAUGGAUCACGCUGCGCCCACGGCGUGGUAUGCGCCGAUCCUGAAGCUGCCUGUUUUGCUUCACAGCUCGCGCGAUCCUGGAAAUUGCACACUGACUCCUGAGCGGUGCGCCUAUAAGACGAGAUACUGGGUAUUCUGGUACGAGGCCGACCACGUCUUUGCCCUGCCCACCGUGUACUUCUUCCUCGCCUCCAUUGCCGUCUUCGCCAUCGGCCACUUUGCCAGCGCCUGGGCGCCCGCACGCAUAACCCGGAAGUCGGCGUGGCGCCGCGCCGUCGCCGGCCUCCGCUUCUGCGCCUACAAGGCAUGGCGCGUCGCCGGCCGCCACAACUCGCAGUCCCUUGGCGCGUACCUGCUGCUCGGCGUCGGCAUCGUCUUCUUCGCGGCCAUGACUCUCGGCCCCCGACCUUACUACUGGCCCACCGACGCCAAAUACGGCAGCUCGCCGCCCAUAGCCACGCGCACCGGCUGGAUGGCGCUCGCCUGCAUGCCCUUCAUCUUGUUGUUGAGUGCAAAGGCAAACAUGAUUACAGCACUGACGGGCAUCUCGCAUGAGAAACUCAACCAGUGGCACGCUUGGGUGAGCUGGGCCAUGUUUGUGCUGGCCCUCAUCCACACCUUUCCUUUCAUCAUCUACCACCAAAACGUCACACACCAGCUACAACAGCAGUGGGUGACCGGUGGUGUGUGGCUCACAGGCGUCAUUGCCUUGGUUGCGCAGACCUGGCUCACAUUCAUGUCCAUUUCGUGGAUCCGCGCAAACAGAAACAAAUUUUACGAAUUCUUCAAGGCCACGCACUUGUUCUUCGCAGUCGUCUUCGUCAUCUUCUUCUUCAUCCACUGCGGCUUCCGACUGACGUCAUGGGACUAUUUCAUCGCGGCCGUGUCGCUGUACAUCGCCUCCUUGGUGUUUGCGUGGGUCAAGACGUACUUCGAGCUCGGCGUCCGCCACGCCGCUCAGAUUCGCUGCGACACGCCGCACUCGCUCCGCAUCGCCGUCGCCACGCAGGCCGACUGGAAGCCCGGUCAGCACGUCUUCCUCCGCUUCCUUACCUGCGGCGCCCACGCGCUGACAGCGCAUCCACUGACCGUCUGCUCCCUGCCUGAGCCAGCGCGCCUGGGCGGCGAGAUGGUAUUCUUCGUACAGCCGCGGGGCGGCCUCACAGGGCGGCUUGCCGCGCUGGCCCGCGCACAGCCGGACAAGAGCGUCCCGGUUCUGCUCGAGGGCCCGUAUGGGGGGCUGCCCAGGCGGUGGCACCAGGGCUUUGAUCGCACGCUGCUAGUGGCGGGCGGCUCGGGCUGCGGCUUCACCCUGGCCCUGAUUGAAUCGUGGCUGCGCGCGGGCGCGGCGGCCGAAAAGGGCGAGCGCCAUCUAGAGGUUGUUUUGGCGACGCGCGACCCGGAAAUGCGCAUCUGGUACAUGGAGGAGCUACAGCGCCUCGCCGAGCGCCAGUCUGUGCAGGGCAAGACGGAGCUGCCGGGCGUGUCAGUUUCCUUUUGCGAGACGCACAAUCAAGGUGCCGUGAGCAGCCCGGACCCGGGUUCGUCCUCUGGCGAUGAGGAGAAGAGAGUGGCCGUCAAGAAUGUGCAACAAACAGAUAGCUCAAGCACUGCUGCGUCGUUGUUUGGUGUUUGCUUUUCACAUGGCCGCCCCGACACCAGGGCUGCAGUCAACCGCCUGGCUUCAGUAAAUGGUGUCACUGUUGGCGUGACUGUUUGCGGUCCAGCAGGUAUGGUCCAUGAUGUUGGGGUUGCUGCUGCCGAGGCACAACUGCGCAUUGUCCGAGGUCGACCUGGCGCCGCAGAGCUAUACCUACACAAGGAAGCUUUCUCGUAA